AUGUCUGCGUCAAGACAAGUACGGCCAACAAUUCACUUGAACAAAAGGCCAACAUGGGUUCUCGUGCUGGUUCCUUUUGUGACCAUAUUUCUGAUAUUUGCCUAUCUAUUUUCACCAAGAAGUUCCUCUGAGGGUUGCUUCAUCUUCUCAUCCAAUGGCUGUGGUUCAUUCUUCCAAAAGCCUUUGUUCCUUCCCACUAGGGAUUUGACUGAUGGUGAGAUUGCCUCUCAGGCAGUCAUCAAGGAGAUUCUAAGAACCCCUAAUAUUCACUCUAAGAACCCCAAAAUUGCUUUCAUGUUUUUGACUCCAAGUUCCUUGCCCUUUGAGAUGCUCUGGGACAAGUUCUUUUCUGGCCAUGAGGAAAGGUUUACUGUUUAUGUACACGCUUCAAAAGAAAGUCCAACUCAUGUGAGUCCUUACUUUGUUGGUCGAGACAUACGUAGCGAAAAGGUAUCAUAUAUAUUUGUCUGUUUUCAGGUGGUGUGGGGAAAAUUUUCAAUGAUAGAGGCAGAGAAGAGACUUUUGGGGAAGGCACUCUUAGAUCCUGACAAUGAACAUUUUGUCUUGCUAUCUGACAGUUGUGUACCCGUGCAUAACUUCGACUACGUGUAUAACUAUCUUAUCUUCACCAAUGUCAGCUUCGUUGAUUGUUUUGUGGAUCCUGGUCCUCAUGGUAAUGGCCGGUAUUCAGAACAUAUGUUACCUGAAGUUGCAAGGCAAGACUUUAGGAAGGGAUCACAGUGGUUUUCUUUGAAACGGCAACAUGCAAUUAUCGUUAUGGCAGAUAGCUUGUACCACAGGAAGUUCAAGCUUUUUUGCAGGCCAAACAUGAACGGGCGCAACUGCUACUCAGACGAACACUAUUUGCAAACCUUUCUUCGUAUGAAAGACCCUGGUGGAAUUGCAAACUGGUCAGUAACCCAUGUUGAUUGGUCUGAAGGAAAGUGGCACCCUAAAGCCUAUAGGGCUCAAGAUAUUUCUUUUGAGCUCCUCAAGAAUAUUACGUCUAUUGAUGAGAGCACUCAUGUCACAAGCGACAACCAGAAAACAAUAAUGACAAGACCUUGCAUUUGGAAUGGGUUGCAGCGACCAUGUUAUUUGUUUGCCCGAAAGUUUUAUCCUGAAACUCUUGAUAAACUAAUUCACCUUUUCUCCAAUUAUGCUGGAACUUAGCUUAGCUUCAUUUUUUUUUUUUUACAAUUCUUUCGGCAUUGAAGAGAUAUAAGUGAUUUCCAUUGAAUUGGUUAAUUUUGUUCUUAUUCUUUCAAUAUUUAUUAAUUAGAUUUUUUAUUUGUCUAAAGUUGA